CUUCUAAUUCUGUCCCUAUUUUGUCCCUAUUUAGGUUCUACGAGCAGUCAAAGCGCCAUUAGAGUAACUCAAAAAAUCAGGUUGAGACGUUGACAAAAACAUGGCUAAGCAUCAUCCUGAUUUGAUCAUGUGCCGAAAGCAGCCAGGAAUAGCUAUUGGCCGUCUUUGUGAGAAAUGUGAUGGCAAGUGUGUUAUAUGUGAUUCUUAUGUGCGUCCUUGCACUUUGGUACGAGUUUGUGAUGAAUGCAACUAUGGUUCUUUUCAGGGUCGUUGCGUGAUCUGCGGAGGUGUAGGUAUUUCGGAUGCUUACUAUUGCAAAGAGUGUACACAGCAGGAGAAAGACAGGGAUGGUUGUCCUAAGAUAGUCAAUCUUGGGAGUGCUAAAACUGAUCUGUUCUAUGAACGUAAAAAAUAUGGUUUCAAGAAAAGAUAGUAUGGGUUUUCUCGUUUAGUUCUCACCAUAAUAUUCCAGGAGUAUCGUGCAAGUUUGACAGCAUCACAAUCUUCAGCAUUCACUCUAUGUUUCCUGGCAUCGGGAGUUUAACAUUUUUUGUACCAGAUGAGAUAUUAUAACUUGUAUUUUCUGUAGCAACAUCUUGUUUAGGCUUAAAGUAAAUGUUGAACAUAAAUGUCUGUUGUUCGGGUGUUUGUGAUGGUUUGCUGAUGUCUUUAUAACAGGGUGAUUGCAGGGCUUUCUUUCACAAACUGAAGUAUAUUAGUAUAAGAAUGCUGCAUUCGAAUUCACGUUUCA